AUGAGACGACCCGACUACUACUCCAAGCUCCCCCUCUGCGGCUGCUUCGUCAUCGUCCAGAGCCAGCGCAAAUGGCUCCCUCUCAUCAACCUCGACGCCCAUGCCACCAUUGUAUCAUCCACCUCACGCACCGUCCUCAAACAGACCUUCACCAACCCGGACGCCAAGUCUGCGCUCAAGGAAGUUCACUACGACUUUCCUCUCUACGAUGGCGUCUCAGUAGUUGGCUUCCGGUGCACCGUGGGCGACCGCGUCAUCACGGGCGUCGUCAAGGAGAGGCAGGCCGCCAAAAAGACGUACGACGAUGCCGCGAGCAAGGGUGACACGGCCGCCCUCCUGCAGCAGAACCUCCGAGCCGCCGACGUCUUUACCACGACGCUCGGCAACGUCCCCGCCGGCGCCAAAGUCACCGUCGAAAUCACCCAUCUCGGCGAGCUCGAGCACGACGCCGAGACGGACGGCGUGCGCCUCACCAUCCCGACCAGCAUCGCGCCGCGCUACGAUGCCGGCAAGACGGUGGGCAGCUUCGACAGCGUCAAGGCCGGCGGCGGCACCAUCAGCAUCACCGUCGACUGCGAAAUGGCCGACGGCUGCUCCGUCACCAGUGUCCAGUCGCCGACACAUCCCAUCUCCGUCCGCAUCGGCCAUACCUCCGCCUCUGCGUCCAGCGCAGCAAGCGAGCCUGCCUCCUUGCAUCGUGCCUCGGCCACCCUCUCCCUAGGGUCAGCGCAUCUCGACAAGGAUAUCGUCGUGCAGGUCGUCGCCGACGGCCUCGGCAACCCGACCGCCCUGCUCGAGACGCACCCGACCCUCCCCCACCGCCGGGCCAUCAUGACGACCCUCGUCCCGCGCUUCAACCUCCCCGCCGACAAACCCGAGGUCGUCUUUGUGUGCGACCGCAGCGGCAGCAUGGGCGUCGGCCAAAAGAUGCCCAACCUUGUCGCCGCCUUGCAGCUCUUCCUCAAGUCGCUGCCCGUCGGCGCACGCUUCAACGUCUGUAGCUUCGGCUCGCGUUGCACCUUUUUAUGGGCCAAGUCCCGCCUCUACGACAGCCAGGAGACGCUCGAUGCCGCAGUCGACCACGUCAAGGGAUUCUCGUCCAACUACGGCGGCACCGAAAUGUACACGCCCCUGGACGAGACCUUUAAGCGCCGUUACAAGGACAUGAACCUCGAGGUCUUUCUGCUGACCGACGGUGAGAUUUGGGAGCACGACCGGCUCUUCAGCCUCAUCAACGACAACGUGCAGGAGAGCAAGGGCGCCAUCCGCGUCUUCACGCUCGGCGUCGGGGAGGAGGCGAGCUCGGCGCUCAUCAACGGCGUGGCGCGCGCCGGCAAUGGCUUCGCCCAGCGGGUCGCCGAGGACGAAAAGAUGGACAAGAAGAUCAUUCGCAUGCUCAAGGGCGCCCUGACACCCCACGUCAGCGACUACGCGCUCGAGGUCAAGUACGGCGACGGCGGCGACGAGGACUUUGAGGUCGUCGAAAAGGUCAUGGAUGCGCUGUCUCUCGAUGUCGGCGCCGCCGACUCAGCAGGCAAGCCGGCCAGCGAUGAGCCCAUCUCGCUCUUCAACACGGACACCAAGAAUGAGGACAUGGAGAUGCCUGAUGCAAAGGCCGGCAUCGACGCCAAAUUCGACGGCCUGCCUCCCGUGCCGCGCCCCCGAUACCUGCAGGCACCAUUCAAGAUCCCCGCGCUCUUCCCGUUCAACCGCACCACCGCAUACGUCAUGUUGUCGGGCGAGACAAGCCACCGUGGUGAGCCGACGUCGGUCAUUCUCACCGGCACGUCUGCACGGGGCCCGCUGCGACUGGAGAUUCCCGUGACGCGGCUUGCGGAGAAGGGAUCUACGAUUCACCAGCUUGCGGCGCGCAAGGCCAUCCAGGAGCUCGAAGAGGGCCGGGGCUGGAUCACACAUGCCAAGGACACCAAGGGAAACUUGCUCAAGAAGGAGUACGAGGGCCAGUUUGAGAGCAUGGUGCAGCGCGAGGCGGUCGGCCUCGGCGUCGAGUUCCAAGUGGGCGGCAAGUGGUGCUCCUUUGUUGCCGUACAAGAGGACAAACAGGGCGAGAGGGCAGGCGAGACGGGCGCGGAGGAGCUGGGCGAAUUCGAGAUUGUGCACCCUCCAGAGCCGAUCAAGCCCAUGAUGUUUGGCGCGGCAGCCCCGCGUCGGCGCAUGAUGGCCAUGCCCGCAGCCGCUUCGGCAUUCGCGGCUCCCCCGCCGCCGGCUCCGUCGGGUGCAAUGUCGGCCACGUCGUUUGGCAUGAACGCACCGGGCGGGUUCGGAAGCCUGCAGUCUGUUCACAGCCACAGCCACAGCAUGGGCCGAUCCGCGAGCCGCAGCUCCCCUCCCUCGAGCUUGGACACCGCAUCCUUCGACGCCGAGUUUUCCGCCAGCGCCAGGGACCAAGGGCCGCAGGAAGCCGCGUUUGGUGCCCCGGAAGGGCUGGACAUGUUCCGCAGCGCGUUGGACGGCGGCGGCGCCAAGGGCAAGAGGAGCAGCGGCCAGGGCAGCCCGCUCGACGCGCUGGCCGCGCUGCAGACGUUUGUGGGGAGCUGGUCCUGGGGCCCGCAGCUGGAGCAGGUCCUUGGCCUGACGCAGCGGGAAGCCGCCGGCAAGGUGCCCGGCCUGCAGGGCGAUGUCCUGGCGACGCUGUGUGCCGUGUCGUACCUGAGGAGGAGGCUGGCAGGCGACAAGGACGCCUGGGAGCUCAUGGUGGACAAGGCGGAGAGCUGGCUCGAGGACCAGACGGGGGAGGACAAGCAGGCGCUGGCCAAGAGGGUAGGCGACGCUGCACUCUUUGUUUAG